AGGAUUUUAAGUGCGAGGAGACGUGGCGCGCGAAAUGACGGCUAUCCGAAAAGAGGACGACGCCGACGUCGUCGAGAAAACGUCGCGUCGUCCCACUGUGACGUCUCCGAUCUUACAACAGAGCUGUAUCUUCGGCAUCAGGCAUCUACAGGCGCUAUUGUUAUUCCUCGGUAUGACCAUCGGCUACAGUCUCAGGGUUGGAAUGUCAGUGGCCGUGGUACCGAUGGCAAACGCGAGCACCGCAAAUCCGAUUAUCGAGGAUUUCGACUGGACUAAAAAGGAGAAGGACCUGGUGCUCAGCUCAUUUUUCUGGGGCUAUGCGAUAACGCAGGUGCCGAGCGGCUACAUCGCCAGUGUCUGGAGCGGUCAGAAGCUCCUUGCCAUCGGGAUGCUGCUCUGCGGGGUUUUCAAGGUUUUAACGCCGAUUGUCGCCCAUCAAUGGGGUUUGGCAGCUGUUCUGGUUUGCAGGGUAGGCAUGGGUCUCACUCAGGCUUGCCUAUUACCUUGCAUCCAAACACUCCUUUCAAAGUGGGCGCCACCCUCUGAAAGAGCACGACUGGGAACAUUCGCUUAUGCGGGUGCCCAAUUUGGCACAGUAGUCACUAUGCCAAUUGCUGGCGUUCUCGCUGCAUCGAAUGCAGGUUGGCCCAGUAUCUUUUAUAUAUUUGGUGCAUUAGCGAUCAUCUGGAGCAUAGUGUUUCUUUAUUUCGGAGCAGACUCGCCCUCCGAACAUCGCAGCAUUUCUCAGGAAGAAAAAUCAUAUAUAGAAGACAGUUUGAAAACAACCAAAACAACAGGCGAUGACGUCGAACAGAAGAUGCAAACACCAUGGAAGGAGAUCUUCACGUCGGUACCUAUGUGGGCUCUCAUAAUAGUUCACUGUGGUCAAAAUUGGGGAUACUGGACUCUAUUGACGGAGAUACCAAGUUAUAUGACAGGGGUGUUAAAUUUCAAAGUCGAAGCAAGCGGUGGAUUUUCCGCUUUGCCAUACUUGAUGAUGUGGAUUCUUAGUUUUCCCAUGAGCUGGCUAUCUGAUUUUGCUCUGAAGAAAGGUGCGUCCAGAGGGGCGGUCAGAAAAAUCUCCAAUUCGGUGGCCCAUUGGGGUCCAGCCAUCGCCCUGGCGUGUAUGGGUGUAGUACCCACUGAUGAUUACACUUGGGCUAUUAUCAUCCUCAUUAUCGCAGUAGGUUUGAACGCUGGGUCUUUAUGUGGCUUCCAAAUCAAUCAUAUUGAUCUCAGUCCAAAUUUCGCCGGUACUAUGAUGUCCAUCACCAACUGCGCCGCUACUAUUACCUCCAUCAUCGCACCGCUAAUAUGCGGCGUGAUUGUCAGUGACGAGAGUAGCGUGUAUCAAUGGAACAUUGUGUUCUACGUCUCGGCGAUAAUCUAUUUUCUGGGUAACUUAGUGUUUGUGAUAUUUGGCAAAGGCGAGAUGCAAUGGUGGAAUGAUCCAGAAGAACGGCUGAAACGGAAAGGAGACAAAGAAGAAACGCAGACUUGAAAUUUAAUAAAUUCAACUUUGAUAUGUUCUUAGGAAACUUAUUAUGGGACCUUUAUAACAUGUGAUUUAAACCAAUUUGUUAGGAGUGAACUUCCGAAUAAUCGAAAUUAUCGAUCAAUCACGAAGUUAUUAUUUAUCAUUCACAAAAACGCUGUAUAUAUCAUUAUUUCGUUACAAAGUAUAAUGUAAUCUUAUAGUAUUAUUAUAUAUAUAUAUAUAUAUAUAUAUAUAUAUAUAUAUAAAUAUAUUCACUGUCCAUUCCUUAUAUUCACCAACGCCAUCAUAAUUGUUAAACUGAUGAAUAAGUUGAAUUUAUAAAACAGAUUUUUACUCACAUUUAUUAUAUAAGAACAAAUUUUUAUUUUUUAUUUAGGUUUGAACUUACUGUCGCACAUGUACUACCUAUGUACGUAAUACAAUAUACAGGUUUUAAAAUUGUGCCCGAUAGUUUUUAAAAGAUUAUCUCAGAAAAAA